ACAACCUCUCCUUCAGUGGACACAACUGCUACAAAUGUGACAACUGCAGCAGAACAGACAUCUAUUGCUGAUGCCACUACAGUUGCAGUCACAACUGAGGGAUCAGCUGAGGGAACAACCCCUUCAAUGGAUUUGUCAACUGUUGAUAUGAUAACCACUGCAGAGAAAACAACCACUGUUGAAGCAAUUACAACAGUUGCCACAACAACAAUGGCUGUUGAUACCACUAAAGAGAAUGUAACAACUACUCCUGUUGUGGAUACAACUUCUGCUGGUUUGGAAACCACAUCAGCACAGACAAAUAGUGUUGUAGCCACUGCUACAGUUCGAGCCACAACAAUGACAGCAGAGGUAACAACUAGUUCUUUAGUGGAAACAACUACUGCAGAUGUAACCACAGCAGAACAGACAAAUAGGGUUGAAGUCACUACUACAGUCGGAGUUACAACAACUAAAAUUGAACCAGCAAGCACUGCCUCAGGUGUUUUCAGUACCUCAGGUGCAGAUACCACCACAGCUGAGGUAACAACUAGUCCUGUUGUGGAUACAACUACCGAAGAUGUGACAACCAGAGCAGCACAAACAACUAGUCCUGCAGAAACUACAAUUGAACCAGCAACCACAGUCUCGGGUGUUUUCAGCACCUCAGACACCUCCUCAGCCUCUUUGAAAAUCGCUACUGUUUCUGAGACAACAAUUGCUGAUGUCACCACAGCUAUGAAAAGCACCACUUCAACUCCCCAGACAAAAGCUGAUCAAACCACAAGCACUGAGGCAACUACUAUGACUGAAAGUACCACUGUUGCUGAGACAACUAUUGCAGAUGUAACGACCACUGAAGUGCAAAAAACCACCGUGGAGGUUACCACUGUCAGCGAAGUAACUGCUCUGCCCGAGUCCACAACUCCAGCACAGACAACAUUUGAUGCUGACACUACAGCUGUUGCUGUGACAACAAUAACAAAGGGAACUACCUCGCCAGGCCAGACUAGCAGUGGUGAGUUUACCACAACAACAGGAUUGACAUCUGUUUCUGAGAGUACAACUUCAGAACAGACAACAGCGGUUGCUGAUAUGACUAGUGCUGAAACAACUGUUGUUGUCACUACACCUGUCGCAACAACCUCUCUUGAAAAAUCAGUAACUACGUCUGCUGAAACCACGUUUGCUGAAAGUAUCACUACAGAGCAGGGGGCAACAACAGCUGCACAGACAUCAGCUGUUAUUAGCACAACUGUGGGAAUAACCUCUGACAUUGAGACUACUUUGUCAGAAAGAAGUACAGAAGCUACUGAGAUAAUCACUACUGCAGGAGUGACUACAGAGUCUGUGUCCACCCCUGCUGCAGACACAACAACUGCUGAUGUGGGUGUGACCACUGAUGCUGAGACCACUGCUGCAGAGCCAACUACUGUUGAAAUCACUUCAGCAGCCCAAACAACUGCUGAUGUGACUUUGGCUGUUGAGAGCACAUCUGGUAGAGCCACAAGCACAGUUGAAGCUACAACGUUACCUGGUGAGACAACUGCAGCUGAGAUAGCAACAACCUCUAGUCUCACCACUGAUGUUGAUAUAACAUCUUCUGUGGAAGCAAGUACAGUUGGAGUUUCUUUAGCAUCGGAGACAGCCACUGCAGAGAUUCUCACAACAGGUGGUGUAAGUACAAAUGCUGUGACCAUAUCUCUUCCUGAAACGACUGUUGCUGAUAUCACUACAGCUGUAAAGAGUACAACUGCAGCUGAACCUUUUUCCUUGGCUACCCAAACCACUCAAGCUGAGGUUUCUACAACUUCUGGUAUCACCACUGGUGGUCAAACAACUGCCGAGAUGACUAUUUCCGAUGACACGACAGCUGUGGAAAGCACAACUAGUAGUGCCACAAGCAAAGCUGAAGCUACAAGUACAGUUGUUCAGACCACAGUAUCUGAAGUAACUACCACUCCUGGUGUUACCACUGGUGCUAUCAGCACAUCUACCGAGACACGUACUGUAGAUUCAGAGACAGCUACAUCAGCUGGUACAUCAACAGUAGCCGAGACAAGUUCUGAGGAUAAAGUUACUACAGUUGGUGCCUCAACUGUGAUUGGGAGUACCAUAACAGUACAGUCUACUGUUGAGGAAAGUACCAUCACACCUCCUAUAACAACUUCAGCAGGUGUAACUACUAUUUCAUCUUCGACAACAACUCCAGAAGUAGCAGUAACAGUAACAGCAGCAACUGGUUCUGAGACAACUGCUUCAAAUGAAACUACAUCUGCCGUAACCACCGUUGCAGCCCAAAACAUAACUACAGUAGAAACAACAACUAUUGUGCCUGAAAUAAUCACUGAAGCUGCUAUCACAACAGUUGACUUUAGUUCACCUUUGCAAAAAACUAGUAAGGCCACUACUGGAACGCAGGUUUCAAGAACAAAUGCACCUGAAAUUACCACUGGUAUAGAGGCAACUACUUCAGGUUACACCAUCUCUGGUACUCAGAUUUCAACCAUUGAAGUAGCCACAAAAGGAUUGACUGAGACCACAGCUGCUUCUUUAUUAACAACGACAGGUACAGAUUUUUUGCUAAUAUUAAUAUUUAUUGAAGCAAGUGCAGUUGAAUAUGCCAUAGUUACAUAGGUGUGUUGUGUUUUUUAUAUACAUCCUUACUUUUUGUUUAACUUGUUGAUUGUUUUAAGAACACUGUUUAGUUUUUCAGAAACAACAAGACCAGCAUUUCUUAGGUCACAAAACGUUUGUUUUAUACCAUUCAUAAAAUCCAAAUCUUAACGCUACAAAUGAGGCAAAACUCCAUUUGUGCUCCUUAUCCUGACACCAUUAAUGAAGCACAAGAAAAAUAACAGGUGUAACAGUGACACACACACACUGUGGCUUUUUAAUUUGUACUUGCUCAUUUGUAUGUAAAGAUUUUACACAAUCUAUUCAUUUAUUCAUCUUGAAUCAUUUCAUCAUAUGCAUGCUCUGUGUUUCUGUGUUAUAUUUGUUUAUGUUUGUGUUUUUCAUUUAUAUUCAUUUUCAAAUUCAUGUACUGAUUGAUGCUUUGCAUGUCUUUUAGAAGUUGAUUUUUUUCUACUUUCGUGGGUAUCUGCAGAAAUAAACAUUUGAACUUGUAUAUAUACUUUCUUCAUUUUACCCAGGUUACUUUAGCAUAGUAAGGAUUAGUUUACAGGAUUACUUUACAGAAUUGUUUAAUUCUGCAGAUACAAUGAAGCAAAUCAGGUAUCAAGUAUACUUAAAACCAAAACCUAUAUACAGUGGGUGAAUUUGAAAAUGAAACAUUAGAAUUUUCAUUAUUGUCUAUACUGCUCAUUUCCAUGAACUUACAUGUUGACAUUCACUUCCUUUGUAUUGUGCACCUAACUGAACCCAUUAUUUGUACCUUUACUGCCCAAACCAACUUGCCUAUUACUCCAUAUUCCAUCAAAAACCACUUCCUCAUGGUUUAUCAAUUCGUCCGGGAAUUAAUAUUAUGUAAUAAAAUGUAUUACUAAGGAUAUAAAUAUGUGCUUGGCCGAUUUUAAACGAAUACAUUUAAAACAGGCUUGGGGCCUGGACAAAGAAGGCGAGGGACAUUAUCAUUGACCAGGCCCCAAGCCGGUUUUAAAUGUACUCGUUUACUGACCAAGCACAUAGUUAUUCCCAUUCGUAAAUACCUUCCGGUCAAAAAGUAAAUACAGGUCAAAAAUUAUAAAUUUCCAACGAAUUUGUUCAACAAGUUUACUUCAUACUUUUUAAACACCCUUCUAGCUACAUUUAUACGAAGAUUGGCGUGUGCAUGGCACAUUAAUGCGCGAUGUGGCGCAGAAUGUGGCGGUGCUCAAGUAGUGUGAGUUUAGGACUGAAAUAUGGACUCUUCGGGAGUAUUGCACAUGCCUAAGUGAGAACUGUGAACAUUCAACCAAUAGGACCAUCCAACCAUAGGAGUCCAAAAAGUUAAAAGGUACUAGAUUUCAUAGGAGUCAUAUUUCAUGUGACACCGGAACAUUGUUUAAAACCAGCCAGUCUGUGUUUUAUCAACUGUUUAAAUCCACCCAUGUGAUGGGCUUUUGACCAGUGGGAAUGGGUUACCUGUCUCAGGUAUUUAUGAAUAAUUAACACUGUUGUAGAUGCUUGUGGAUUAAUAUCUUUUCAUCUGUUUGGUUGCAUUUUUUCAACUGUGAGGUUUAAUAUUUAGUUAUUUUCCUCUCAUCAAACGAUAUGACUAUUAAAGAACUGCUUUAUAAUCAAAUGCUAUGUGAAUGUGUUCAAUUAAGCUUAAUAUCAGCAUCUGGCUUAAUAUUGCCAUCAUGAUGGUUGAAGCUGUUGAAACACCCAUUUCAAGUUGUUGAUAUUUCUGACUGCUUGGGACAUGAUAGUCUAAUUGUGAGGCCUUUUUCAUUUUCUAACAUUUAUAAUUGUGUGUAUCUGCGUUUCUUUCAUCUUUGGUUGGGAAUGUGUUUUAAUCAAGUUGUUGGCUGAUUAAUCUGUAACAUUCUAUUCUGAACCCCUUGUGUGAUACAGACCCACUUCACUAACUCAUACAUCCAAGAUGUUACAUUACUCCCUGAUUUCCAGUUUGCCUUGGUCAUAUCCAUGGUGACUCACAUCCGUGUUGUACUUAAGGGGGCAAAAGGCCUUCACUGUGUCAGAGUUGACCUAUAUUGGUAGAAUCAUGUCAACGCUGCUUGUGAAAUAUUGUCCAAUUUCAUGAUAUACGAAUGGACGCGGAACACACAAAAUCUUAGACAAACAAAACUUAGUGUACAAAAACUCCAUAAGGUUGUCUAAGGGGGCAUGGCUAACUCGCAAACGGCUAUAGGUCAAUUACACAGAGAAAUUCAAAUGUGUUUGCUUCAUAUUAUGUCUUCAUCUCAAAAACAGAAAAAAAAUAGAAGGAACCCCUCUUGUUUUUGCUGGUCACAGGGGGCCAGUCAAUAUAUGUAGGCUUUGUACCUGACUGACUCACUGACUCAUGGAAUGUCUAAUUGAAUGUCUCACUGACUGACUCAUACUUAAUAAUUGCACUUGUUCAAGUCUCCAACUGACUUACUCCCCUUGUGAAUGCGACUGUUCACCUAUCUCACUGACUGACUCUCACUUGUGAAUUAGACUGUUUACCUAUUUCACUAACUGACGUGUGUUACUUGAUAGUUAGACUUGUUACCUAUCUCACUGACUGACUGACUGUCAGUUCUGAAUUAGACUGGUUACCUCUUUCCAACACGUAGACCUCUACUGUUUAUUGUACGAACAUUUUAGCAAUUCUAUAUCAGUUGAAUAGGGUUUUGUGCCCUCUGUGACCAGCUUUACAAGGCCUGUCUUGUCUAGUUUGAAUCAUAUUCAAACAAGCUAUUGAAACUAAAAAAACAGACAUGGCGAAGUAUACCAUGGUUAGAAAGCAAAUCACAUUUUGAUAUUUGUGUAUUUCCCUUCCUAACUAAACUCUGCUUUUGUGUGUUCUUGCUGUUCCACAUGAUUUUCUUUUGUUUGACGUUAAGUCAAAUAUGGCAUAUGUUUACAAGAGCAGAAAGUUCUUUCACUAAACGUCUUCUAAAUACUAGUUUUGCAAUUACUGAGUUGAAUUUACUUGCAACUGAAGCUACAUAUACUUCAUACCCAAUGUGCAAUGCUUCCCAGUUUGAGAGAUGCAUUGUACAAUGCUUAGUGAUCGAAGUACAUUGCAACUGAAUUUGAUGCAGCAAAUUUUUGUGGUUUUAUUGAAUAUUUAUUCUAGAGAUUAAAAUUUCUGUAGCCAUUAAUACUUUGAAUCACAAUCAACUCUGAGUAUGCAUUGUUGGCUGCUGUCCUGAAGACAGAGAAAGUCAUUCUUCCUGCAGCGAACAUUUCAAAUAUCACUUUUAUUUUUGUGCCAUUUAAAUAUUUAUAUAGUAAUGGAUGGCUUUGAGGGGGAUUCAAGAAUAUAUUGCACCAGCUGUAACAAUAUUGCCUGAGUGGAAGACAAGUACAAUAUUGUCAUAGCAAGUGCAAUAUAUUCUUGUGUCCUCCGAAAAUAUAAAGCCAUGCAAUAUUAUUAUUAUUUAUAUCGGGCUGACCUGUUUUCGCAAAAAAUACAUUUCAGUAUACUGUCUUCAUUUCCCCUGUUUCGUCGAAUUGUUUUUCACUUACCGAAACAACUUUCAUGCCGCUUGAAGCUGCCAUUGCGGAUGUUGACAACAGUGUGCGUGUAACCUGGUGCUUGCUGCGGGCGCAUCCAUGUGCGAUGGUACUGCGCGACGCUCGGUUGACUGGUUGUCAACUGAGCUUCUCUGCUCUUGAUCUUUCAGGAACCAGCGAAAAUGCCCGGAUUAGGGCAAUAUCAAAAGUAACAUUGUCUUCAUACGGGUGAUUUUACUGACAUAAUAUUGCUAUCAUCCAGGUCCUUUUUUUCUGAUAGCAAACAAUGCGCUGAUUUAUUUUUACCGCUGGAAAGCCUGAUAUAAAUAGUAAUGUUUAAUAUUCAUUCUCCAUGCUCUUGUUUAUUUUCUUCCAAGAAUGUUACAAUAACUUUAAUUUGUUACGUACCAUGCAUUUAUCUUGUUUCAUUUCUUGUUUUUUUUUAAUAUUCAUGCGUAAAAUAGCUAUUUUUGACAGUUAUUGAUGUCUUUUCAUAUUCUCCAUUAAUCAAUAUGUAGUUUGAGUGAAUUUGAGAUGCUAUCCAUUUGUUUUAUUUGUCCUGUACAUAAUUAUGUUUGCCUCUUUAAUUACUCAAAAUACAGGAUGAGUAAAACAAAAGGGGAACCCAAACCUUAAGAAAUCUAUUU